UUCACUCUUUCUCUCCCUCGUGGUCUGGAAGAGGAGAAAGACAAUUGGGAGCGAGGCUUGGAUCUUAACCAAUCCUUUAUCAGGAGUCUCUCAUCAAAAGGAAAAAUAUGUCUGCAAGGCCGCUAGUGUCAGUUUUCGAUGAAAAUGGUAAAUCAGUUGAACAGGUUGGGAUGCCUGCUGUGUUCCGGGCCCCACUGAGACAAGAUGUCCUCCAGUUUGUCCACACUAACAUGUCCAAGAACAGUCGCCAGCCGUACGCUGUCUCUCACAAGGCGGGGCAUCAGACGAGUGCCGAGUCAUGGGGUACCGGUCGAGCGGUCGCUCGUAUACCACGUGUUAGGGGAGGAGGAACACACCGCUCUGGACAGGCAGCUUAUGGAAAUAUGUGUCGUAAAGGACGUAUGUUUGCACCAACUAAAACAUGGCGUCGCUGGCAUCGUAAGAUUAAUCUCAAGCAAAAACGUUUUGCCAUGUGCUCCGCCAUUGCUGCCACCGGCCUGCCCUCUCUAGUCUCCGCCCGUGGACACCGUAUAAGGAAAGUAGGGGAAAUCCCUCUCGUAGUCUCUGAUGAAGUACAGACCCUGAGCAAGACUAAGGAAGCCGUGAAACUUUUAAAGUCUUUAAGAGCUUACGAGGACGUAAGCAGGAGCAAGGAGACAAGGAGGAUUCGUCCGGGAAAAGGGAAAAUGAGGAACAGGCGUUACCUACAGAAGAAAGGUCCUCUUGUUAUUUAUAGCAAAGACUCCGGGAUCAAGAAGGCAUUCAGAAACCUCCCAGGGGUAGAGCUACUCAAUGUCAAUAAGUUGAAUUUGUUACGUCUGGCCCCCGGGGGUCACAUGGGUCGGUUCUGUAUAUGGACCAAGAGUGCCUUUGAGAAAUUGGAUAGAAUCUAUGGCACUUUUAAUAAGAAAUCAAAAGUGAAGAAGAAUUACAAGUUGCCCAGACACACAAUGACUAAUAGUGAUUUGUCUCGUAUUAUUAAUUCUGAUGAGGUACAGAAACAACUGAGGAGGAAAGGUCCUAAGAGGACCAGAAGAGCUCCUAUCAAGAAGAAUCCAUUGAAAAAUAGUCAAGUUAUGAUACGUCUCAAUCCUUACUGGCAGACAUUUAAGAGACAGCAGUACCUCAUCCAGCAGAGACGACUUAAAGAGAAAGAGGCAGCAGCUGGUGCUAAGAAAUAAAGGAAGAGGAGGACAAUAGUAAUUAUAUGAUUUUGUUUCAUAAAAAAUUGUUACCAAUAAUGAAACACAGCACAAUAAACAGCAAAA